UAGGGGCCAGCCCGGUACCUCCGCUCCAGACAUGGCCAGAUCUUCUCCUCUACCUUCAACCAGACUCCUCUAAUAUAUUCCCUCCCCUGGGCUCUCGCCGGUGACUGGUGCCCCUCACACGCCGCCGGAGCACACCAGGGACACCCAGCUACUAGCCAGGCAUGCUGUGGCGUGGCGGGAUAUUAUAAUGUUGGCGUGAGGGUAGGAUGUCCAGCCUUCCAUGUGUGUGGCCUUCACAGCGGCCACCCCUCAACCCCUUGGUAGGUGGGCAAGAGCAAAACACUAUGAAGGUUUCGGAUGUGUCUCCUACCAGGCCACCCUCAAACUCAACACAGCAAGCUAUUUGCAAACGACACAGCCCUGAAAACUCUGGUGUUGCGGAGAGUGAAAAUGCUCCAUUCCCACUGCACAAUAAACGUCAACGUACCAAAAGUGGGUCGGAUUCAAUGGAAUCAUUAGCCACCUGUCAAGAUAGUGCCAUACCUCCUACAGACUGUUGUAUUAAAGGGGAACCUACCCCUUUGUGUGAACGUAAUGUUAGAACUAGACUAGAAGGACAAGAUAUAAAUACGCAAAGUAUGGAACCCUCCUGUUCUUGUACUAAAUGGGAUAGUAAUAGUGAUAAUCUAAGCAGCCUACUGACCAGUGAUGGUGUCAGAAGUGACAGUACUCGAGAGUGUAAAAAUAACGGUAAAAUAGAUUUGACUGAACAAAAUUUAGUAGUUGGAAUAUUUCCAAGCCAUAGACCCUUACUCAAUGGAAUGGGAAGUGGUGGACUGUCUCCACAUUGUGCUGCAACUUUAGAAUAUGUGACACAGUUACCGGAAGGGUGUUCGGGUGUAGGGGUCAACGUGUCUGUAUUACACCCAGCAGAUAUUAAUGGCUCUUGUGAACCUGCCGAGGAGUUGGAAGAUGAUGACAACUACCUGGAUUCCUCGGAAGAAGAGGAGGAGGAUGAACUAACCCUCACUAAUAAUGAAGACGAUGAAAGUUGUGGCGAAGAUGAUCAGAGUGUAAUAAGCUGUGUGACAGUUGGGUCGACGUGUUCCCUGCGAUCUGUUGCAAGCGAGGCUCUCAACACAAUAUGUAUUAAUGAACAUGGAGUUGCAGCAAAUGAAGAUGGCUCAUUACUAUAUGCCGAAACUCCAGCGCCUUCUCCUCUCCCGUCCUUGAGUCCUAGUCUGUUCUCGCAUGUUCCGCCAUCAAUAAACUUCUGCCAGUACAAUGAGAAAACUGUGGAAUUUCCUCUAGUUAUUGGGAGACUACUUAAAUGGCGAUUUACAAAUAUCACACCGCUCAUUGUUCGAAAAACCAUAUCGAAUUCUGGAUUCAGGAUAACAAAGAAAACGUUGCAGUGGUGUGGUACCUGGGGCAAGCACAUGAAGUCGCCUUGCUUUAAAGCUGUGCGAGAGUUUCAGAAGAUUAACCACUUCCCGGGUACUUUCCAAAUUGGCCGAAAGGAUAAACUAUGGAAGAACUUUGUGCGACUUCAGACAAAAUUUGGGAAGGAUGAGUUUGGUUUUAUUCCCAAGACAUUUGUGCUUCCGGGGGACAUGAAGGCUUUGAAAGCUGCUUUUGAUAAGGAGGGUGUUAAGAAGAAAUGGAUCGUUAAACCCCCAGCUUCAGCUAGAGGCACGGGUAUACAGGUUGUCCAUAAGUGGUCACAAGUGCCUACUGAUUCACCCGUAGUGGUUCAGAGAUAUAUUAGCCGCCCAUACCUCAUCAACGAUACCAAAUUUGACAUCCGUAUUUAUGUAUUAGUAACAUCCUUCCAUCCAUUAAGAAUAUAUCUCUAUCAAGAUGGACUUGUUAGAUUUGCCUCAGUACAAUACAAUAAUGCAUCCACAAGCUUGAAUGACCGAUACAUGCACCUGACAAACUACAGCGUCAACAAGUCCUCCUCGUCAUACACACACAAUGUUGAUGCUGGACAGUGUCAGGGACACAAGUGGACUAUAAAGUCUCUUUGGGGUUACUUGAAGGCCAGAGGUGUCGACACAUCAGCUCUGUGGACUCGAAUUGCUGACCUAGUGAUAAAGACUGUGGUGAGCGGGGAGCACGAUAUUGUGGUGCGCACCAGGAAAAAUGUUCGAUCCAGGUACUCUUGUCAUGAAUUGUUUGGAUUUGAUGUUAUAAUUGAUGAACGUCUCAGACCGUGGCUUUUGGAAGUAAACAUCUCUCCUUCACUGCAUUCAGCAUCACCAUUGGACCAUUCGGUGAAAGGCCCACUUAUUGCCGACCUUCUGAACAUGGUGGCUUUCCAUAUUCCCGAUAAACUUAGUCAACAACAGCAGAUGAAUCUUUUAGGAGAAUUCAACCUUGAUGAUAAAGUGUCUGGGUUGUGCUUGGAUCGCCGGUUAUACACAAGACUGCUAACACCAGAAGAACAGGUGAAACACAUACAAGUGAAUGGUAUGCCACGUAGCGAGUAUUUAGUCUCCACCAUAGAAAAUCUAACCUCCGAUGAUGUCCGGCAUCUUUUGACAGCCGAGGACGAGUUGCAGAGAGCUGGAAAAUUCAUGCGCAUUUUUCCUACUGCAGAAACUUACCCUUAUUUUGGGUUUUUGGAUAAGCCACGCUAUUACAACAGGCUUAUGGAUGCUUGGGAGAAUGCAUAUGCCAGCUGUAAAGAAAAAGCAAUUGAACGAUUAGAAAGCCUGUGUGCAGAAAAGUUUCAUCUUCGAGUGUCUCCUACCUUCAAGAUGCCAAAGGUCACUGUCUCAGGCGGCUUCAAAAUCUCCUCCAGACCGCCAUCCUCCCCCCUACUGGGGAAGUCGUGCCUGCAGUCUCAGACCUCCCAACAGCCUCACUAUGUCCCAUUACCACAACCAGUGAAGGGAAAGAAGAAGUUCCAGUUAUCGAAAAGGUCGAGGAGGUUACGAACACUUGUACACCCACUGAAGCCUGCUGUGGUGUCUAGUUACCUCUUGGCCAGGGAGGUGAGUGCUGGCCAUGACUUGGAAGAGGGAGAAGAUGAUAUGGAUGAUGAAGACUUAAGAUGUGAAGAGGAAGCUGUAAAGACAAACUCAUUUGGUGCAAAGACAGUUAAAGAGGAGGUAGAACAAAUACAGAAAUUAACAAUAUCUGAUGUCCCAAUAAACCAGAAUGAGCAAAUAACUGAAUAAGCAUUACAAAUGGUGACAAUUUAAGAUCUAUUAAAAUUGGGUGCAGAAAGGAAAUAUUUUAAGUGUACUAAGUAAUUGUCCAUUGUUGCCAAGAAUUCGGAUGAAAAUGAGGAUCGUAAAUUAAGCAUUUGUACUGUGAUGAACAGCGAGCCUUUGUUAAACUUGCAUUGAGUAGCAUAUUUUAAGAUGAGAUAGGUGGUAGUACUUUUCUAAUGGUGAAGUCUUCUGGAAGCUUGUAAAUUAUUGGGAUUUGGCCAGAGUUACAGAAAGAUGAAUGUACAGUGUUUUCAUAUUUCAUACAAGAACAUUAGCCAUUACAUUUUGUGGGCUAGUUUUACAAGUUGGUCCAUAUAUGCAUGAAAGUGAGCUAAGUAGGAUUGUGGAUUGUAAAGUGGUGUAUUGUGCAUCUUGGUGAUGAACAUUGUUGCAUUAAAAACAAUUUAGCGUUUUACCUUUUUUUUUUUUAAUUGUACAGAAAUUUUGUGAUGGAAAAGUUUUUGGUUGCCAUUCCAAACUGUUGCCACCGCAAAAAUAACGUUUUCGUGCCACCUUUUGGGGGCUUAAUCUUUAUCAAUCAAUCAAUCAACAUCUUGAGAUGUGCUAAUUGCAACAUAUUGUGAAGCUAGUGUGGUUUCUUCUCAGCCCCUGCUUGGCUCAACAUGUUAGUAUUAUCGGAUGUGAACAUAUUGUACCAUAAAAACACAAAUGUUAUUCUGCUUUAAUGAUAUUCCGUGUGCCCAAAGCAUCUAGUUUCAGUUGUGGUACUGUAUACAAACUAAGACAUUAAAAUUAUCAAUACUACUAUUAGACAAUUUAAAAAUAGUUAAUUUUAAUUAUUCAUUAAUCAUUAUAGAUGCAAAAUAGCUUGGAAGAGUAGUCCAGCUGUUGUACGUGGAGAGGUUUAUACCGUUGCAUCUUUUUGGUUAUGAUGGGAGGAGAGGGAAUACAGAGCUCAGGUUUAGAUGGAACUGAAACUUGAUUGGUGUGAAUCUGUGUGUUUGUGUGUGUGUGCGCGCGUGUUUUAAUAAUUUUUUGCCAAAAAGGGUGGGGUAAGUUAGGCAUAUAUGGUGUAGAUAAGAAUACACCCAUAACUUUUAUUUGUAUGUAAUGUAUAUAAAUAUUCUUUUCAUGCAUUAUUGGGGGAAAUUGAGGUAAUGCAGAUUAAGAUAUUUUUUUAUGUUAUUUUUACUGCAAAUUGCAGAUAAAUCAAAGGGUUUUUAAGUUAAGCUGGUGGUUUGGUAUUUCUCACUAUUUAGUUUUGUUCGCAGUUCCAAGUAUUGUGUAAUUUAAAGUGAAAUUAAUUGUUAAAAGAAAUUACAUCUGAAUUGGAAUGAAGAAAGUUGAGUCCAUAUUUAAAACCAAUAAUAAGUAUGGUGCACACGUGAAGAGUUGCAGACACGACCUGUUCUCUUGUAAACAACACAACUAAUGGGAAAGGCCCCAGCAAACACCAUAAGAGGUGUAAGACAACUUGUUGGAUAUUAAAUGUUAAUAAAAGGGAAUACCUUUAGAUUCUUUAGAACUUGCCCUAUAAACUAAAGGUGUAGAGGCAGUCUCCAUCUGUGAGGAUUAAUAUAUAUAUAGUACAUCUUACGGAAAGCUUAAGUACUGUUGAAGUAGCUUCCCUUUUUCCAGGAAUUACUUAAUUAUAUAAAGAUAGAUCAUCAGGAAGUAUUGGGUAUAGCCUGUACUUGGAAUUUACAGUCCAGGGUGUAGAUCUGUCUGGGGCAAAGUGGAAAUGAUAACUAUUAUUUUGGUAUACAGUAUAGUGCGGCCUUUAAAAUCCUUGAUGUAUCGUUCUGGGUUUUACAACAAAAUCAAAUUUUUAUUUUCAAUAAUUUUUUUCUGCAAGUGCCCUUUAGCAUCAUUCUUAGCCAAGUGCUGGCCUCGUGCCUUGAAGGGACACACUAGGCCUCGGAGAUCCACCUUUGCAUAACCAGAGCCAGGACCAAAAUCUGGUACACAUUUACAAGAAGGCAUCUUUGGGAUCAAAGCUCAACCUGAAACCAAGAUCAAGCACCACCAGAAAGCAUUAGCACAACAACACUAACAAACGUUGGGUGAUGAUGAUAAUGGCAGGCUAUUGUUGUUGUGAUAUAAACACUUAACAUUAUGCUCAAUUGCCGCUAGAUGGCAGGCAAGUUUAUCUGGGUUCCUGCCAGCUCACUUUCUAUCUCGCUCGCCUGGGUCCAGUUUCGGGGCACAUAACCUGUGACAGGGCAUUUCUUCAGCUUCAUAUUUAAACAAAGUGGUGUAGGCUAUUCCUGGAAUAUCAUUUUCCCCAAAGGUCAUUACUGUAUUAUUGCUGCUUUUCUCCUUCAAGAAUGGUGAUUAAUGUUGCACACACUUCAUGUGCCCUAGCUAUGUUCAGUGCAGCCUCACUAAUGAACCUCACUCUUACAGAAUUUCUAGAUAGUCUGAAAAAUUUUUAUUUGAUACAAAUUGUUCAGUGGAACAUUGACAAUAAUAUUUGUACAUUUAUCAGUAACUCAAAACUAUACAUAACAUUAAAUGGAACAUGUACAAAAU